UUCAAGACAGAGGACCACCUCGUCCUUCUGGCCACUGCUUUCAGGACAGGGCCAUUCAGCGGACCCACCAUGAUCCAGGCUGCCUUGCUCCUUGCCUGUGUCUUACUGUCCUCAGUGGUCGCCUUUCCAAGGAACGCCCAGAAUGGUGCCCUGCCCGUUCAGCCGGCUGUCAGAGAGACUGAGUCUACAUCAAAUGUGCUCUCCGGGAAGAUCCUUCCUCCAGCCCCUGGCACGUGCCAGGUCCUCUUGAACACAGUGCCCUCCUUAGCCCCCUUACCUGAGCACUUGUCCCUCUUAGCGCUGAAAGUGGCCCUAGAGGAUGUGGGCUGCCCUGCUGAGGCCCAGUAUCUGCAGCUUCAGCUCAGUGAAGCGGGAGGGGAGGAUGACACUGAAAGCCUGGUCCUCCAGAGUCAAAUGCGCAGCAAGGAGGAGGUUCUGAGGGGCCUGGGGGGGUUCCCUGGGGAACUGAAAAGGGUGCGGCGCUCAGGCACGCUGCCCGAGACGUGUACGGAUGAAAGCGCGUGGGUUCUCCACGAGAGUGCAUCGUUUCUUGCUGAGCUUGCUGAGAAGUUCCCUUCUAUCGACGUGGUAAGUGAGUUCAAGGCUUCUGUGGCCAAUGUCACCCAGCAGUGCACCAUCGAGUCUUGGGAACAUUUGGAAGAAGUACGCAUUAGGAUGAUGAAAAGCCCAGAAAUUAAGAAUGCCACACUCUCCAUAGAAGAUAAAAUAUACUUCACUUCUCGGCUGGCAGUCCUUCUGAAACGUGUUUUCAUGAGCUUCCUGUUGGAGUAUUUUUGGAGUUAUUUUGGCUAG